UGUUUAUAGCAUAGCACUGUACUUUGUAAUUUUGUUAACUUUAUAAAUUGCCUAAAAAUGGUGUUUUUUGGUUAAGCAUUAUAUAAAGUAUACUUUGUUUUAGAAUAGAUUACAUCAAAUUGUCUUAACUGUUACUGUCCUGUCCCUCUCCCCCAGAUAUAGAUUUCCCUCUGUCUCAUUUAAUCUCUCAGAACAUCAGUUUGCCAAAAACUCUACCCAGUGAUAUGAGGGGUUCUUUGCUGGAGUCGGAGAGUGCUUUCAUCGGAACCAAUGGAGAAGUUUUCCCAACAUUAAUGGACCCAUUUUUAAGUGAAAGGCAGCUUUCAGCAAGAGAGCGCAGAAGGCAGAAAAAGAAGAAAGACUUUGAAUUUGAUGAUAUGCUUGUAGUGGAACCCCAAGUGCAACCAGAUAGCUACUCGAUAUCCAGUCUAAACGUAGAACACCUCAAUGCCAAGAACAAACAUCGGUUAAAACGACUCGAGGACUUCAACUCUUAUGACAGAAAUGCUGAUGACAAUAUGUUUUUGGAAGAUCUUGAUGAUGACCCAAACCAUUUUUCCUCCAAAGAUCAUGCACGACCGUACUCGGUGGAGACGGUGGCCACAGACCCCUGGAUGAGGCCUGGGACCUCAGAAACAAUAAAGAGGUUCAUGGCUAAUCAGAUGCGACGAGAGAGACCACCAUCAGCGAGCCAGUAUGUUUUAAACUGGCAGGGCCCUUCGACGUCCCAUGGCUGAGGUCUCCAGCUCCUUUACGUCGAUGUACGUGCCGCACCUUAGAUUACGUGCGGAGUAAACAUUUACUCUGAGUUUGGGAUGCAUGCCAGACUGGAAGUGGCCAGCGUUGUUGUUUUUGUAGACCACUUGUUUGAUUGUCGGUGUGUUGAGGCAGAAGACCUCGCAUGGACUGUCGAGCCUCUAGCGGGACGUGCUGCCGUCAUCACAGAGCUCGAUGCUGGAUGGGCUUCUAGAUUUCUGGUAGAGCAUCGGAAUACGUUUUUUAUUUUACGUUAUUUUCUAAUGCUGCUAUGGUGUACCGGGUGUUUCCUGGUUAAUGACUUUGAAGUCUCUAAAAGCAAACCUCCUUAAUUUUAAAAAGUUUGGAAGUAAUUUAAGCUGCUUAUUAAUUGAAAACAAAAGGAAAUACUUAACAUUGAAAAAUAUAUUUAAUACAGUAUAUAUACACAUUUUGGUUGUAAAUUACUUCUGAAUUAAUGUUUUUAGAAAAAAAAUUAAAAUAUAUUUUGAUUAAUUUA